GUUCCCCCAGGGCUGGGAGUCGUCUGGAAUCAUUGUCGUCUGGAAUCAUAGUCGUCAGGGUCAGAGUCGUCCGGAGUCUUCCGUAGUCGUCCGGAGUUGAUUGGAGUCAUAGUCGUCAGGGUCGGAGCCGUCCGGAAUCAUCUGGAGUCGUCAUCUGGAGUCGUCCAAAGUCAUUUGGAGUUGUCGGGGGUCGUCCGGAGUUGUCCGGAGUCGGAGUCGUCCAGGGUUGUCUGGAGUCAUAGUCGUCAGCGUCGGAGUCGUCCGAAGUCGUUUGAAGUCGGAGUCUUCCGGAGUUGGUUGCGAAAUUAUCGGAGUCGGAUUGUUAACGACUCCGGAAUUUUGCCAACUUUACCCAUCACUAUUGCAGAUCCUAUUGUGAUUUUCAAUUUCUCAAGGUCAUUUUCCACCAAAAACGCAAACGGAACACUGUUCACGAUUCCAUUGAAAACCCCCAAUUCGGAUGUAGGCCAGCAAACGAGUACACCCGGGACAUGUCAUAAUUUGCACCGAUCACCAUCACGAUGGAGUGCGCGGUUCCGGAUGAAUUAAUAAAUGUGUGCCGGUUUUGCUUGUGCGAGGACGAUGAUUGUUUGAUUCCUAUCGAGGAUUUGCUCGACUUUGAAAUUACAACGGAAGAUUUAGAACGAUUCUCCGGGAUAGAGAUAAACGACGACAACAAGGCAACGUUCUCAGUAUGUAUGGACUGUACCAGCAAGCUGAAAGUAUCAGCCACCUUCCGCAACACGUGCCUCAAAAAUGAUCCGCUUUUUCGCGAUCUGUACAAAGUGCUGGUUGCUAGCGGCAAGGAAAGGCUGCAGAAAGUCGUCGCUCGUAUCGAGCUAUCGGAUACAGACGAUGGAAUGGACGAUGAAGACGCUCAAACCAAACCGGUGGUAAUCUAUCUAAACGAUCCCCUGUGGAAACCAUCGAAACAAAGCGUACCGGAAGUACCUUCCGAGCCGAAGCUGCCGAAACGAUCAGUCGAAAUUCCGGCAAUGAUUACGGAUGACGACGAUGCUACCCAGCACAGUGAAGCGUUUUCGUGCACAAGCACCACCGAUGAGGUUGUGUGCGAUGGCGAGCUCUUUGCGUACUCGGCCAACUACAUCGAGCCGGGCGAGGUACUGUUCGAUCCGAACGAGAUGUGGCAGAUGUUUAUCGAUUGGGGCGGUAGCUUAAACCCACCACCUCCUCCCGACGUUCCGUAUGUCUAUGUAAAGGGAAAGCGCAAAUUCCACAUGUGCGAGAUAUGCGGGCUUUUUGUAAAUUGCCUUCGGCGACAUUAUGAUAAUCACAGCGAGGAGCCAGCGUACAGUUGCCCACACUGUCCGGUAAAGAUGAAGCAGAAGAGCAACAUCUCCCAGCACAUACUGCAAGUUCAUCUCCGAAAGCCGAAUAAAACGUGCAAAAUAUGCGACAAAAGCUUCAUUCAUCACAAGACGUACCGAUACCAUAUGCUCACUCACGAGGGAGAAGGAAAAACGUUCGAAUGUCCGGACUGUGAGAAAACCUUCCCGAACGCCAUCUACUUACGGGAUCACGUAAAUCGGCUUCAUAACGCAGCGAAAGCAGCGAAGAAACCCCAGGAACCAGGAGAAAAGAAAACGAAACCGAUCGCAAAUGCAGUCAGCCAAAGUAAUAGUUCGCCAGACACCUUAGUCACGUGUCGUUCGUCCCGGUACGGUGCACUAGCACAAAUUCAAACCGUACCCGAAUUUACUACGAAUUUUAUUAUCUUUUUUCGAUUCGGUUGUUUCUAUCCAAACGUUGGAUGGUAAAUUACAACACCGAUACGUUUCUUUUAUAACAUUACGUGUAAACAUUCUUUCGAGAAAUUCUUCGAUAGCCCUGUGAAUAUUAUAGUAUUACUGUCGACGCGAUCAACAAUGAUGAUGAGUACCAUUUGUAAGGAGUUGUUGUUGUUUUCCAUGAAGCGCCAUCCGAAAUGUAGCGCAAGUUCAACUUAAA